GAGGCUUCAGUCCCCAAGGCUUGGACGGCACUGAGGGGCCGGGCAGCCAGCCUGGUCCCACCUGCACGGAGCCUCUUCCCACUAUGGGUUCCUCCAACCUGUAUCACCCCUCAAACCCGGAGAAAGAGGUGUUUCCGGCCCCUCCAGCAGGUACCAACCUUGAUGUCCGGGGAGUGGGCAGGUCUGUCUUGCCCCCACCCAUGUUUCUAGAUGGCUCCCCCUUCCGAAGGCAGGACCUGUGUCUUAUUUCCCAACGGGGCCCCUGGACCGAGGCCUGUGUUCCUCUUCCCCUAUAUGGGGCUUUGCAGACAGGGCCUAUGUCCCUUGUCCUCCCAAAGCCAGGCCUGUUUCCCCAGCCCCCAGUCAGGCCUGCAAAUCGAAGCCCAGGGCCCCUGGCCCCUAGACAGGUCCCCAGAGGCAAAGGCUAUGUCCCUGUCCAGGUGGGCCCCAAAGUUGGUCUGUGUGCUCUGUCUGCCACGUGUGCCCCAGGGUUUGGGCCCCCCAGCACCCCCACGGCAGGUCCCAGGACUGCUUCUCUCAGGGCCGCCCUCCCCGGCCACAGGUUUCCAGAUGGCGCCCUGCGGGUGCUUCUUUGACCCCCGCAUCUACCGAAUCGAGUGGGCCGCCACCGACUUCGGCCAGUCGUCCUUGUACAAGCUGGCGGCAGUAGGCGGCGGGGGGCCUGCUGGGGGCCCCGCCUCGCCCAGCACCUACCUCCUGGAGCCCCAGCACUACCUCAAGGCCCCAGGGCCGCCUCCGCUGCCCCCGCCCUACCCCCACUACCAGCCACUGCUGCCAGGGGGCCCCCAGUACCUCCUGCCCUACUUCCCAGAGGGGCCUGGGCCUGAGGCCCUGGGCUUCAUGGGGGAUGGGGGGCCCCCCACCUUCGUUGAGCUGCCUCCUCCCUUGAUCAAGGAAGGCCCGGCACCCCCACUGCCCCCCAAGGAGAGCAAACUGCCCCCACUGCUCAUCACGCUGCCCGCCGAGGCCCCGCUGCCCGCUGGUCCCUACAGCCACCUCAAGGGCCGCCUGAGCCAGCUGCAGGGGCCCAGCGAGCCCCCCGCCUUCCCCACCAAGGAGCCACCACCCAGCCCGCUGCUGUACCCACCAGGCCCCGCUGAGCCCAGGGCGCCCGAAGCUGAGGCGGCCCCGCUGGGGGCGGGUGAGGCCAGGACCUCCGAGGCGACCAAGGCCUUCACCCUGCCUGAGAAGGUGCUGCUCGAGGAUGCCAUGAAGCUCUUUGACUGCCUCCCGGGUGGUGCCGAGCCGGAUGGGGCCCCUCACAAGGCCCCCGGGCCCACCCUGCCUGACAGCGGGGGCGGUGGGGACGACUCCUCUGGUGACAUCCGCUCGCUACACCUGCCCGACGAGUUGCUGUCCUUCGACUACAGUGUACCCGAAAUCCUGGACACCGUGUCCAACGUGGACUAUUUUUUCAACUUCAAGGCGCUGGACGAGGAGCCACCACCGCAACCGGGCCCCCCGGCUGCCACCGCCGUGGCCCCCGCACUGCGAUCUGAGCCCCCUGGCAAGAGAAAGGCUGGCACCUCGACCUCCAAGAAGGGGAGGCAGGGUGGCAAGGGCAGGCAGGCUGCUGGCCUGGCCAGCGUUGCCCCCUCAGGGUCCAGGCAGGACCUGGGAGCCGCGCCUCAUUAAAGGAGAUUUGACCUCUCAAA